UUUAUCCAUCAAGCUGUCCGCUUUCCUGAAUGUCUGAACCGUCUCUGAAUUAAAUCUAUUUUUGUAUGUGAUUCAAUAUCGGUUGCUAUCAAAAAGGUUUUCAAUUCGUCGAGCCAUACAUAAUAUAAACAUAUCCAGUAACAUGGCUGAGAAACCAGAUGAAAGACCUUUGGACGAUACGUGGAACUCGGGAACGGAAAAAUCCAUUGAUGGGCGUGCAUCUUGUGCCACACUCGGGCAAAGAUUGAGGAUCGGGAAGGAUAUUCAACUCAGUCUCAGUAAGAGAGAGCAUAUUGAAGAAAUUACAACAUUAAGGCCCGUCAAGAAUGAUAUUGAGUCAGUACCUCGGUUCAAAACAGAUGAGCACAUAGAGGUCGGUGGGAAAAUGAGACUACCCAGGGAUUUGACUGAUGGAGAAUACUUUGCAACCACUAAACAGGAAGACAUCGGAGAACAAGUGCACCCUGAGAAAGAAGACAGACAACAACUUACCCUUCCCAAUGGCGUAAAAAUCAAAUUUGAGCACAUUUUAGCCUUGGCGGGUGAUUUUUAUGGUAUACCGGAAUGUCCCAUCAUUGAUCCAUUUGACGAAGAAGACGCCGGCCGUUAUAAGCAAUUCAUGGCUGCGUUCAACACGAUAGCGCGUGCGCCUGACCAUAAAGUAGAAGAAUUACACAUGCUUAUUGCUAUUGCAGAUGAAAACACGGCGGACAGAAAACAAGAUGAGAUCACGGGUGGAAAAUGGGUCGGUGGAUUUCCGGUGAAACCAGGACGAAUGCUGAAGUUGGCCAUGAACAACCAUGACCAUUUUCUACCACACGCCAAUAGCGCUUAUCUGACUGGCCAUCAGUUGGCCAUGCGGAAAGCAAGAGAAGCGAGUCAAGGAAUCACAGAAGACGAGAAGACUCAACUUCUCCACGAAGCAUAUGCCAUGGAAGCGUUUGCUUGUCACUUUCUCACUGACAGCUUUGCUAGUGGGCACAUUAGGACACCAAGAGUAGAGUUAGGAAACGCUACCAGUCUUCACAUAGAUGGCCAUUACCUGAGUUGGCGCAUGCACGAUGAAGACGGGACGUUUGGCCUGCGAGUAACAAAUAUCAGAGGAGACAAGUGGAUUGCCUAUGGUGAUGGAUUGCUUCAUAAAAGCAAAGACAACUUCAGAUAUCUUGUCGAGGCAACUCAGAAAUCAGUCAACCAGGUGCAUGAAGCAUACCGAGACCCUUAAAAAAAGUUAUCGACACAGCUGAGGUUACUAACAUCAUCCCAUUUGUUGACGAUAAAGAGAAAAACAACUGUCCUUUGUUCCAAGUAAAGUCAGACGGAAAAUUAUACAGGCGGUCCAACAUAAAUGAUCUGCAAGAUGCCAAUACAAUCUCUAAUUGGUGGGGGCUGUCGACAGGGACGAAGCUGGCAGUCCAGUACAAACCAGAAAACUCAGCAAUAUAAACUGAUGAAGAUUCGUCUUGGCGCACUUUUGAGUACAGACUACACUACAUGUGCUGUCGUUUAAAGUCACAACGUUUGAACACAGAUCUAACUUGCAGCAGAAUUACACUUUAUUUUUACACUGAGCACAUAUUCUACAGUAGCAAAUACAAUAGAGCGGGAGAGAGUGUUAGUCACUGAAGACUGACAUUCCUUUUCAAACUUCAUUCAUUAUAUAAAUAAUGCCGAAAGUAUCAUGUGAGUAAAUGUUGAUUAAAAUGAAAUCACUUUUUUUCUUAUUCCAUUAAUUCACUCGACACUUUCAGAUUUUAGCAGAAGGCAGAGUGCUCAUCACAUACUGAAACUAAAAAUUUCCUAGCUCCCCUAGAUAGAGUUAGAGUUUUCUCACUACGGCUUAGUGGUAGAGCAUCACAUGUACGGGGAUAAAUCCAAAGGAAAAAAAAAUAAAAUGAUAAGAAUAAUAGUGAAAUCAGUCUGGAUCGUGGUCGCUGACUAUCUCCCCAAAAUCAUUGACAUAAAAGCUUGAUUAUAAACACAUUCUCCCAGGAAAUAGACGGAAGAAAGUUACUUCAACUUAAACUAUCUAACAAGAGAAAUAAAAGGGGAAGUACACGGUUCGUAACGAUCUGUAUUUUAGUCGGAUUUUAGCAACUACUGUUUAGCACCAGAGAUCUAGCUCCUGUACCGUAAACAUUUACAAUAUAUGCUCCACAGAAACGUGACAGCUUGUCAAUAAAUAGUGCGGAUUAAAUCAGGGCAAAUAAUGUCUGUUUAGUUGAUUAACAACAACGAAGAAACUCGCAUG